UUUAUCAUAGCUUUUUGUUGCGUCCAGAAAUUAGUUAAUUUUUAAGUCAGUUUAAUUGCGAACAACACCCAGUUAAGAGUAUCAAAAAUGGGCCACCUAAAGGAGAAGUUUAAGGACCUUUUCACCGCGGAGCGCGUGGCUAUAUUCUUUGGCCUGCUGUCCACCUGCCUGAUUGUUGCUCUUGUGGUUGUAAUUGUCCACAGGGAUAACCUGUGGAUAGAGCUGGAUGAGGCCAAAAGGAUGUUGGAUGUGCUUGAGGACUAUAUCCAAAGCCACUUGAGGACUGUCACUUCUGAUAUCAGAGGCACUACCACUUAG